UUGACUGAGCGUGAUCCGCACAUGUUCUGCAGUUCGCGUAUGAGCUGCAGACGUUUCUUCUGCAGGAGAAAAUACUCCAGUCUGAGAAUGAACGGCGCUUCGUAAAGUGUCUGACCACGUGGAGUGAUCCCAGGAUUGCAGACGUUUUUUGGCGAGUUUCAUUUGGACGGAAUGUAAUCGCAUCUCGACCUCUUUGCAGCCAUUUUAAUCAUGCGGCUCAGCAGCUCUGCCCGCCAGCACAAGUUUGUUUUUGACUGGUGCCGAAAACUGUCAUCUACGGGGCCCCCAGCAGAGACUUCCCCCCUGAGCCCAGAGCACCGGAACCGGUACCCUUUGGUCAAAAGGCGCCAUGGAGGCCCAAAUUCCUCCAUUGCUCCACAUCGCCCUGCAGCAGCUGAAAGGACCGCGGACCGUAAGAGGUCAUUCAAGGAUAAAUCCUCAAAGAAGGAUCUCCCACCACCACUGAAUCAUGGGAGGGGGGGAGUCUUCAAGGUGUCGUCUGAGCUCAGGAGGUUGAGUCUGGAAGAUUUCCCUGCAGACAAAGAGAGACAGCUGAGAACAAAGCAAGAAGAUACAGCUGAAGUUGUCUUUGGCAUUGCUCCCUGCCUCCUGGCUCUCACUCAGGGGAGAAGGAAGGUCUACCAAUUGUUGGUUAAAGAUGGCGAGGCCUCCCUGAGGGCCUCCGUCUUAUCCGUAUGUGAGGAAGCACGUCGGCGAGAGGUACCAGUCAGUCGGGUCAACAAGAAGAAUCUGGACAAGAUGUCCUCUGGAGGAGUACAUCAGGGAGUAUGUCUGCAAGCCAGUCCCCUGAACUUUCUCACCCUUGAUUCUGAAUCCGACACAAGUGGGCCUGGCAUCCCUCUGUGGCUGGUCCUGGAAAGAAUCCAGGACCCGAUGAACCUGGGAGCCAUCCUGCGCUCUGCUUAUUUUCUCGGCGUGGACAGGGUGAUCAGCACUCUUCGCCAUAGCUGCCCGUUGUCUCCCGUGGUCAGCAAGGCCAGCUCGGGCGUCAUGGAGGCCAUGAGGGUGUAUGGGUGUGACAGCCUGGAAGACAUGUUGAGGACGAAGGUGACCAGACCGACGAUGCUGCUGAUGGGAAGCGAGGGGGAAGGGCUCUCCGGGAAGCUCCUGUCCGUGUGCCAAACCCUGCUCACGAUCCCAGCUGGAAGAGACUUGGCACCCGGCAUUGAGUCUCUGAACGUCUCUGUGGCUGCAGGCAUCAUGCUGCACUCUCUGCUCACGAAGUCCAGAUGUUUCUCGCAGAAGGAAAGCAGACCUUAAUGCGCUGGUAAACAAUGUCUGGCUGGAACCGGAAAUUAUGAAGCUGGUGAUUUACUGGUAUCAUUAUCAA